CACAGCAAAGACUCCUAAAAAUGCCAUUGGUCCUUUCCCUUCCAAUCAAAUAAAACUCGCGUCGGGGAGAGCUAAGGCCGAAGCUCUUGGAGGCUGAUACCAGACGGGUCAAAUCUCUCCCAACAACGGGCAUUUCCCCCUCAAGAACAAGGCAGAACCCGAGGGAGGAGGGAAGAAUAACCUCCCUCCCGAAGUUACAGGAACAUCGCCAUUUUAUCCUACAAGUAGAUGACUCGCGGGGGAGGAGGACAUAAACACACGUUAUGGAUCUUAAAGGAUUUACAACAGUUGAUGAAGUUGGAGGGGAAGAUUCACAAGUAAGGGAAAAGAGUCCAUCAUCAGAGUCUUUCAAGCCAGCUACAGCAGCAGAGGAAAUUGAUUAUAUAAAUAAAAUUUUGGCAGACAUUGAAGGAAAGACUGGGGAUAGUGAUGUUAAUGGUGUGCAAGAGGAUAUUUUAUGUAGUGUGCCAGAAUUGGACUCGGAAUCAGCAGAGCAGCAGCCCACAGAUGAUGUUUUGACUCAAGCUAGGGUGUUAAGCAAUGUCACCAAAGGCAAAGAGAUUGAGUCUGUAGAUGGACUUAGCACUGAACCUAUUGUAUCGUCACCUGAGCUUUGUAAAGGAGAACUCGAUUCUACUCCGAAUCAAACUUUUGAGGGGACUGAUCAUGAGGAGGGCACAUGUCAGACACAGACACAUGGGACCUCAGAGCUAAGCCCAGUUAUAGAAGACAAUACCUCACUUGCUAUAAAUACUGAUAAUGGGAAUAAAGACAAGCUUGAGUCAAAACAUCACUUGGUGGAAGACCUUUCAAAUAAUUGUGUUUCAGGUGAGAAAGAACUGAAGGAGAAUGAACAAGAAGCUCAUAGCAGUAUUGUUCUGGGGAACAUUAGUGAUCUUUUGGCAGAUUCCAGAGAAUCUGCAGUAGAUCCCAGCUUACUAGAACCAGACAAAGAAGGGAGAGAGAGACAGCACUUAAACGAGGAGCAGCUAGGUGUCUUGAUUAAAAAUGAACCAGUUGAUGCACCUGAAGAAGAGUUUGACUUUGGGAAUGCACUCUUUGAUCCUGCAGAGGAAUUCAAUGUCAAGAGAGAGGUGAAGGAGGAGCCAUGUGACUCCCUUGUUGAGGAAUUACCUUUGGAUGUGCCAUGUCAAGAAAAUCAAGAAAACCCCUUUGAUGGAUUAGAGUCUGUCAAACUUGAGCCUGAUUCCGGAGACCCUUGUUUGGUCAUCCCAAGCGUACAUUUUCUUGUUGAGGACAAAAUUUACAACCGUGAACAAGUUACAGCAGCUUUUCUAAUGUCUCAGUCAUCCCUUGCAUCAGUGGUAGACAUGAACAUGUUCACAGAUGUUGGUAGAAGUGUCCUAAUUGUAAGGACAAGACAAUUAGAAGAACUAAUUAAGAAUCCAUCCUUGAUACCUCUUGAUGAUGCAGAAAUUCUGAAAAAAUAUAUUUCAGAUAAUGACAAAAAUGUAUAUUAUAAUAAAAAUGAUAUAUGUCUGAAGGUGCCAAAAGUUGGCCCAGCUGUAUCAAAGAAAAGAAUAAAGAGAGAGCCUCAGAAACGACAGAAGAAAAAGACACGUAAAAAUGGUAUAAGAAGUAAUGCCUCGCAAAAGAAGAAGCCAUCACUUGGAAAGGAGGAUGAAAGCUCAGUUCAUCUUAUUGGAUUUGAAGCUAGUAGUCCUCGCAAGUUGGAACAGAGUGAAGAUUCUUUUGAGCAAGUUAAUGCAUGUAUGAAGAGUGAGUCAUUAAGUCCGAAACGUGAAUCAGGCCAUGAUUCAGAGAGUGAAUACAUCCACUUAGGCAGCAUUACACCUAAGAGAAACAAGGAUAAAAGGAAACAGAAAUCACCAUCUAAGUUGGGUGUAAAUAAAGAUGUUUUUACAUUUAGGAAGAAGGAAAAUGUUCUUAGAUCUGAUAACGUUGUGUCUAGCUCUAUUCAAUGUAAACCUUGUUAUGUAGUGUUAGUAGAUAUAAGCAAAAAUAAAGAGUACCAGACAGUUGUCAGCAAAUUAAUGCAUACAAUAAAAACUGAGCAAACAGCUGUUGAAUUACCCGUAAAUAAGGAAACUCCAGUAGUAAAAUUGGAAGGAAUUAAAGCAAUAGAUGUUCAAAUUAAAAAAGAAAAUCAGGAGGAGAAUUAUGAAACUGAUUGUAUAAAAUACCAAAAUGACAUUGACAAGGAAAAAGAUACCACAAACUGUGAAUCUAGAAUUGAUAGUGACAGUGCAGAUGGUGCUGAGAGCUUGUCUUUGGGUGAUGAGUGUUUAGUCCUGCAGCUAAGUGAAAAUGAAGUAGAUAGGUCUAAAGGGGAGGUAGAGGAUAGAACUAAUAGUGAGAAAGAAGCACUAAUUUUAGAAGAGGAACCAUUAAGGGAUGAAAAUGCUGAUAAAGAGUGGAAGGAAGAGAAAGGGGAAGGUACAAAUGAUAGUGAAAGAACACAGGUUGAUGUUAUUGAAAAUGGUUUUGGAAAGGAUGAAGGGAGCACACAUUGUAAAAACAGAUCUGAAUCUAGAGAUGAGAUUGAGAGUGUACAAAGUGACAGGGACACUGAAACACCUAGUCGUUGCAAAGAAAGGGUAGUAUUAGGAGAUAGUGACUUACGUAAUAAGAGGAGAAGCAAAAGCAGUACAGGAUCAGACUUAGAAGAUGAAAAAUCGAAGAAAAAGAAAAGGAAAUCAAGGAAGGAACAAAAGUUGGAAUCCACUGAAGAAAAGGCAAAAAGAUUAAGCUUGAAGUUAAACAAGAUUUUUAAGAGGGAAAGAGAGAAACACAAGAGAGAAACCUCAUCACCUGACCUUCAAGUGCCACAGGGAAAAAGGCUAGGGUCAGCAGAAUCAAGAGGGAAAAAUUAUACUUCAAGAUCUUCGAUAGAUGACCAAGGGAAAGCACCUACAGGAGAUAAUGAAGUGUUGAAGAAUGUGUUUUCAAGGCCAGUUUUGAAUACUUUUAGAAUUCCAAAAAAGAAGAAAGUAAGUGAUGACAGUGUGGUUGAACAGAAAUCUGUUCUGGCAUCAAGAGAACACCAAAUUGCUUCAAAAAAGCCUUCAGGGUAUGCUCCUAGGACACUUGAUCAAAAGAGAGAGACCAACAGACAUAAGAAGGACAGAGACCUAAAAGUGGGCAGUCGAAAUAGAAGUCAGAGGGGGAAUGAGGGGAGAAGAAAUAGUGAAUAUUCUCAAAAUGAUUGGGGAGGAGGUAGUUGCAGUCCUCCAGAUCAGGGUCAUGAUGUGGACAGUGCUUGUGAACAUAGCCCGGCGCCCUAUUCACCGGGUGAGGGACAAAUCAGUGGUAAUCAGGUUGGGGAAUCCGAGAAAAAUGCUCAUGGUUUCACACUCCAACAAAUAACUAUACCUAACAACUCUGAGGUUCAGGCACCACCACCACCACCUGUAAUAGAGUGUUGGGAAGAACUUGCAGAGCUCAUUAAGACUCUUGAAAAUUGCAAAAGUGUAAGCACUAAUAGUCCAGCAAACUUUGAGGUGGGGAGUAAUGUUGUUGACCUUGAAAAGAAUAACUAUGUGGUUGUAGACUCAAGUGACCCCGGAAGCACAACAAAGAAGUUAGCUAGUGAAGCUCCAAGAGAAGGUACUUUAACAACUGAGCAAAGUAAUACAGAUAGAAAACAAAUUACUAGCCUCAAGGGGGAAAUUGAACUUGUUAGCAGCAGACCACAGCCUGAGAAAUUAGUUGUUGGUGAAUAUACUGCUGAAGGUAAAGGAGUUGAAAAUCAAUAUUCACACCUUGAUAAGAGACAGAAAACAAAGUUGUAUGAGAAGAAGAAAAAGUUGUAUUAUGAAGCCAAAAAGAAGUACUAUAAUGAAAAAGGAGAUGUUGAGAAUAAUGAGAAAAAGCAGAUGAGAUUUAAGGAAUAUGAGAAAAGAAGGGAGGAUUACUAUAAUAUGAAAUGGUAUUUAUAUGAAGAAAAAAGAAGGGAACACAUUGAAAGGAAGAAAGCCAGCAAAGAAAAGGAAGAAAGCAAGAUUUCAAAGGAACAGUCAAAAAUUGUACUGGAUGAGACAGACAGUGUUGUGGAAGAGGCAGAGAAUAAAUUGGAUGAGGCAGAAAAUGUCAGGAAAGAGAAAAAUUAUAUUAGGAAUGAAACGAAGAAAGGAGAACCACAGGUAAACAAGGUAUAUGAAGUACAAUCUCUUGAAAAUUCUGAAGGUAAAGUAGAUGAAAGUGCCACCAAUGAAACUGAAAAAGAUGGUGAUUCGGAGAUGCCCCCACUUUUACCACCUCCAUUACCACCCACAAAUUUAAUAGAAUUAGCUCCCCAAAAUACGCAGCAGGGGCAUGAAUCUUUGGAUAGUAGGUUAGAGAAUUUGCCGAAAAUUGGUUCAAAUAAUGAUAUGGCCAUGGAAAAAGAAGAAAAUUCAGACAUGGACUUAGACUCAGAUAUGGAUCUUGCAACAUCUGAAUCAUCUGAUGAAGAUGAUCAGAAUGAUCAGUUGAAUUUGCUAGCAAGAUUUGGAGUUGAUGUAAGUAAUUUGCAUGGAGACUCCUUAACGGAACAUAAAGCUAGCAUUCCACACAACCAAGAAGUAACAGUUUGUGAUAGUAGCUCUAGUCUGAGGAAUAUUGUUCAUAAGUUAAUGGAUUGUGUUAGUAGUGAUACUGGAAAUUCAAGCACCAAAAAUGUUAGUCAGAAUCCCAGCAGUAUAAUUGAUUUGGCAAGCAGUCCAGAAGUUGUGAAAACAGUUAGUAGUGUAAGCACUGAAGGAAAGACCAGCCAGAAAGGAGAAGAAAUUGAAUUACUGGGUCUGUCAUCUCUACUAAAAAAAGUAGCUGAGAGAAUCCAUCCCACUCCACCACCAAAACGUGCUUCUGAGGAACAUAUUAAGAAAACUUUGCCUUCCGUUCCUGGCAAACCAAAUGAUGGGACUUCUGAUCAGUUUAUAAAGGAAAUAUUUUCUGCUGGUCCUGAAAAACCAAAAGAUAGUACUUCUGACCAAUAUAUUAAGGACAUUAUUUCUGCUGUUCCUGAAAAAGCUAAGGAAAAGGUAUCAAAAUGGACUGCAAGACAAUUCCUUCCACUUGAAGAGCUGACAGACCCCAAAGAAAGUUUGGACGAGUCAAAUGACUUGGAAGUGGUGUACUCGAGAAUAUCCUUGCCCAACCUGAGGAGGGGCUCACAAGGGGAUGCCUUGCCAAGCUACUACCAACAGACUCCUUUGGGUCAAGUUGUGGUGGACAAAUAUAAAGAUAUGCCUCUCUUGGGCCUGCAAUACGUUUUGGAGGUGAGAAAGGCUGUGGAUACAACUUUGGACAAGUGUUUCUUCAUCUGUGCACUAUGUAGCAAGAAGAUGUCUUCUGAAACCCUUGUGGCUCAUAUAAACAGUGUCCCACACAAGCUCAAAUUUUCUGAAUCUCACUGUAAGGAUGUGUAUGACAUCUAUGGGAAGGUACAGUUGAAGGAAUGGACAGCAGCCUCUGUGAAAGAAUUUUCAUUGGCUCUGAAAAAGGUGGAGGAGAAACAUGGACGUAAAAAAAUGGCCGUCACCACUGAGAGAGAGAUGUCUUCAGUUCUCAUGGCACUGAAGAAGAAAAUAGUCGAAGUAGCAGCUUCAAGCCAAGUUAACCAAGAAAAGCCUGUCGAGACGGAGGAGGAAGCACCCAAGACUCCGAGUCUGCCUUCAGCACCCCAGGAAAUUCCCCUUCCCCCAUCAGGAGCAGCUGUAAAUUUAUCUACCAUUCCCAUCCCAACAAAACAAGAUCAGAACAAAAAUAGUGGUGGCAACAGUACUGGAGCAAAGGGAGUUGGAUCGAAGAAGAUAGAAAUUAACCUGUCUAAAGUAAAGCUUGCAAAUGCAACAGGGAGUGCCACCAAUAAGAGUGAGUCAGAAGCCUCAAAAGCAGAUAAACCAGAAAACCAGGAAGAAGAGGACGUCAUUGUCUUGGCAGAUGAAGUAUCAAAUGAGGGCAAGCCAGAUAAUGAUAUAUCUAAUGGAAGAAAAUUUGCCAAGCGCCACUACAACCCUGGCCUGAAUAUCCGCAGCCGAAGUCCACCAAGACCUGCCUCGCCCAAGCGGAAGAGGUCGCGUUCACCAGUCCAAAGGCGAGCUCAGGGGGGAAGAUACUCUCCAAGAAGAUCACGUAGUCCCAAGUACAGAUUUUCUCCAGGGCUUAGAAAUUCUCCAAGGAUUUCUCCAAGGCGGUCACCUAGGCGAUCCCCUAGGCGAACCCCAAGACGAUCCCCUAGGCGGUCCCGGACUCGGUCUCGUAGUCCAAAUUUCAGGCACAGAUCAGGAUCUCAAGAUAGAAGCAGGAGAAUCCGUGAGGAUAAUCGCAGAGGUCGAUCUUGGUCUUCAAAUUCUUCUUCCAGUGGUAGUUCUAGAUCCCGCUCGAGAGGGCUUAACAGUCGUCAUAGGGUAGACAGUCGCCCAGAUUCACGCCAUUGGCACCAUGGGCACAAAAGAUCAAGAUCUCAAGACAGAAGCAGAAGAAGUCGUGAGAAUAAUGUUAGAGCUCGUUCGUGGUCUUCAAAUUCUUCAUCAAGUGGUAGUUCUAGAUCUCGCUCAAGAGGACUUAACAGUCGUCAUAGGCUUGACAGUCGCUCAGAUUCACGCCACUGGCACCAUGAGCACAAAAGUAAAGACAGACGAUCGCCAUCUACAAGAUCAAGGAAUGUGUCAGAUGAGCGAAGUUCCCAGAAGCGAAGAUUAGCAGAUUUCAGAGAAGCUGAAGCAAAAUUGAUUGCUAUGCAUAAAGAAUAUCAGAGAAUAUACGACUUACGGCCUGAGACACAUCCAUACUACAAUCGUGAAUGGCAGAAGUUUUGGGACAAAAGGUCGUUGGAACUACGGGCCUCUGGUGUAGAUCCAAAAACUUACAACUUCAAGGAAGAAUGGGUGGCCUUUUGGUUGAAAAGGAUGAAGGAGUUGGAUGCAGUCAACUUCAAAACAAACAGAGAAGCUCUCCUGUGGAAGUUUAAGAUAAAAGACCCUGGUCCAAUCGAGGCAGGCGUCACUGAAGGGUGGGAAGUGCCAAAAGCUCCUGUUGAGAGAGCCAUGGAGAGGUCUCCCAGUCCGUGGGAGGAUGAGAGACUAGUUAAAAAUCCCUCUCCUACUCCUCAGGGUAGUAACCCCAGCAACCCCAACCCCAACUCUGAGCCAGCCUUCCUAAUGGAAAGUCAAGAGAAAGCACCUACUGCGGAAAAAAAAUUUGAGGAAGAGUUUUCUGUUAUUGGAACACUAAGGAUGUUAAAUGAAUUGGAAGAGCAGCUUGGAUCUUUCGGUCCUGCAAUUGCAACACUUUUAGAAAAGGCCAUAGACUCGAGCCAACAAGGCAGUAAUCCCAUAGAACUCUUCAAGGAUCCAGACAACUUUGUGUUAGUGCGCUAUGCCAGAGAGAAGUUAGUUUCACAAAUUUCGGCAGGCAUUCUGAGCACAACAGCAUAUAUGCGCUCGUUGGUAGCUGUGGAGAGAGCUAUGUGGCUUCAGUCACAAGCUGAGAAAUUGAAUGAGCAAGAAAAUUAUUUGGGUUUGGAUAUACCUACUAUUGCAAGAGCAACACAGGGGAUGGAUAAAGUACAAAUUGCACAGUAUAUUGCACAGUAUCUCUUACAAGUUGGUAAAUCUGAUGCUACAGAAGAAGAAUUGCAAAAUAUUUUGAUCGCAGUGUCAACCAACCAUGCUAAACUCUUGAGUGACCAAGCUGCCACUCAGAACCAAGUUAUGGGAAACCAAAUUAAUUCUGUCAAAUCUCCAGUAGAAAUGCAGAGACCUUUGUCAGCAAAUGAAGGCAGUUCCAGUCAUUCUGCAUCUCGACCACCAGCACUCUUUCCUUCAGGUGUGUCACAGCAAGAAAGACCAGAGCCUUCUAACAAUUCUAGCAAGAAGAAUGAAGAGAAUGGAGGUUUGGCAAUUCUGCAGUCCGCUUAUGAGGAUGAGGAUAAACCUAAAGACAUGGACAAGCUGUCUCUUGAAGACUUGCAGGCCCUGCUGGCAAAUUUCCGCUCUCUUAGUGGGGAUGAGCAACAGGCCCUCACUGCAUACCUCAAGAAGUUGGAAGCCACAGAUAGUAAAAAGGUGACAAUGCUCCGAGAGAAGAUGCAGAAAAGUAAUAAAAAUGCUGUUAAGUCUAUAUCAAAAGCGGUACCCAAAAUCCGUGAUGGAGCAGAAAGAACUCCUUCUCAAAAUAGUGUAGAUAAACCUGAAGACAUUCCAAACAAGACUCCACCCGUCCAGCAUACCCAAUCCCUUACUCUAGGUCAGUCCAUUAAUCAACAUCAUACCUUCAGUAAUGAUCAGCCCUCAUCUGCAACUCUAGGACAGCUUACGAAUAAUACCACAAUGAACUGUGAAAAUCCUAGUGAAAUGUCCGAGACGCGAGCAGCCAGCCUAGGGGAGGGUCAGCCGACAAUGUGUUCCAUUAACAACAAAGGAAACAAUCCAAGAGGACCAGACGUUAGACCACAUUAUGAGGAAGACAGGUUUAAGGCCUACCCUGGCCCACAAGACCCACACAGAGGAGAUUUUGAUCAACGCGGGUUCUCCCAACAGCAGAGACCGCCGGAACCCUACCAGCGAGACUAUGGGAACCGUCUGCAUGAGGGUCCAUGGUGGAACCAUGGCCCACAGAACUUUAAUAAUCCUCAGGGUGCUCAGAAUUACGAUAGCCCAAGCAACCCGCAGCUUUACAGGAGUCCUAGUAAUCCAGAACCCUACAGAAGUCCUGCCGGUCCACGUAACUUCUCUGGGCCAAGGAGUAACCAAGGAGAUCCUUAUAGAGACCAGAAUAAUUUCCAGCAAGGGAACAUGUACAGAGGGGGCCCUCGGCAGCCGCAAUUCCAAGAUCGGUGGUAACAGUAUUUACAUAGUGAACUCCAGUUUUUAUUAUAUUUUGUUAUUUUUUACAUUUUAUUUGUUGAUUUAGUGGCAGAUAGUCACCGGGGUGAGUUUGAAGACAUGGUUGUAAAAAACUACUGUCGCUUGAAUGAGGAUAUGAUUCUUAGUUGAAGUACGUGUUUAGAUGUUUUGUUUAUUUUUAUAUUGAAUUUCCCAGGCUUCAGUGUCAGUUGUAACUUGUUCCGAGCAUUGUAGAAUAGUGCUUGAUAUUCCUUUUAUUAAAAUCAUUGAUAUGGCAUGUUUCCUUCAUGAGUAAGAUGUAUAUAUUUUUUUUCAUCGGGGGGGGAACAGGAUACGAAUUGGUAGAAAAAACCUACAAUGUAAAACUAGACUUACUGAAAGUGAGACAACAGUUUCGGAAUCCACCUGGGUUCCAUUCUCAGGUCUGUUGUCUCACAUUCAAUAAAUCUAGUUUUACAUUGUGGGUUUUUCUACCAUUGUAUCAACACGGUAGAAUGUUUUCACCAUUCAAGAUACGAAUUGCUAUAUUGUUUAUCUCUGGUUUUGAAUACAAACGAUAUAUAUAAAAAAAAUAUAUACAAAAUGUACGUUAUGUACCAUCCAUUUGUCAAUAAAAUGUAUGAUAAUGA